GCCUUUGGGGGACGGCUCGGCUCGCUCUCCACAUUGGCUCAGCUGUAGAAGCCGCUGCUUCGCUUCUUCUACAACAGUUUGUUCCAGCUCACCUGGUGGAACAUCUUUCCAGUCAGUAAUGUAUAUGUGCUGCCCUGCUAAAGACUGAACGUAAAUAAAGAAAAGGCUUGAGGAAGCAUUGUGAGAAGAAGAGCAGAGAAAUCCACACCAGCAGCAAGACUCCUGGAAACUCAACUCUAGGGGACCGUGCUCUCACAUGAUGGAGAAGCCUGCCCUGGAUUCCAGUGAGGAGAGAGCCUGGUUGGGAGAAGACCAGUCUGAAAUGAAGCUUGCAGCAAUCCCUGAAACAGCAGAAUCAAAUGAUGAAGAUCGGCCUGCCUGGGAUUCUAAAAUGCAGUAUGUGUUGGCUCAGGUUGGCUUCAGCGUGGGCUUAGGGAAUGUCUGGAGGUUUCCAUAUCUUUGCCACCAAAAUGGAGGAGGGGCUUUCAUGAUCUUGUAUGUUUUUCUUUUACUGAUUGUGGGAGUCCCCCUGUUUUUUAUGGAGCUGGCAGCUGGCCAAAGUAUUCGACAAGGAAGCAUUGGCGUUUGGAAACACAUCUCCCCAAAGCUGAUAGGGAUCGGCUUCUCCAGCUGUGUGGUCUGCUUUUAUGUAGCUCUUUACUACAAUGUCAUCAUUGCAUGGAGUCUUUUCUACCUGGGAAAUUCCUUCCAGUAUCCUUUGCCGUGGGAACAGUGCCCAACUGAUGUAACCACCAAUGAAACAGUAAAGGAAUGUGCGAGUAGCUCCCCAACGCCAUAUUUCUGGUUCAGGAAAGCGCUGGACAUCACCAAUUCCAUAGAGGAAUCUGGAGAGUUUAACCUCUUCAUGACGGGCUGCUUAUUGGCUGCUUGGGCGAUUGUUUCGCUGGCUAUGAUCAAGGGCAUCAAGUCCUCUGCAAGGGUGAUGUACUUUUCUUCAGUUUUUCCCUACGUGGUGCUCUUCAUUUUCCUCAUCAGAGGGUUGUUAUUGGACGGAGCAAUAGAUGGAAUCACAUAUAUGUUUUAUCCCAAACUGGAAAUAUGGGGAAACGUUCAGGUGUGGCGACAGGCAGCUACUCAGGUGUUUUUUGCCCUGGGUUUGGGCUACGGCUCCGUUAUCGCGUAUUCCUCCUAUAAUCCGUUCCACAACAAUUGCCACAGGGACGCCCUGAUGGUCUCUUGUAUCAACUUUAUGACAUCUGUGCUGGCCUCACUGGUGGUUUUCGUGGUGCUGGGUUUCCGGGCUAAGACCAUUGCCCUACACUGCGUUGCUGAAAAUCUUGGUGUGUUAACUCAUAUGUCUUCUAAUGGAUCCAGCCAGUAUUGGUGGCCUCCAUUCAAUGUUACAGAUCCGAGCUCCGUGUCACUGCCUGAAUACAGACAGUGGUACAAUGAGUACGGCUCCAUGCUGGGUCCUCAGUUCACUGACUGCAAUUUGGAGGAGGAGAUGAACAAGGGCGUCGAGGGGACAGGUCUGGCAUUCAUAGCAUUCACUGAAGUGAUGGCCCUCUUCCCGGCCAGCCCCUUCUGGUCCAUACUGUUUUUCCUCAUGCUCCUCAACCUGGGCCUGAGCACCAUGUUCGGAACCAUGCAGGGAAUCCUCACACCUCUCAUGGACAACUUUAAACUCUUGGGGCGCCAUCGGACCUUCCUUACAGUGUUCAGCUGUGCUUUAGGGUUCAUAAUCGGAUUAUUGUUCACCCAGCGAUCUGGCAAUUAUUUCGUGACAAUGUUUGAUGACUACUCUGCAACCCUACCACUAGUCAUCGUUGUGAUUUUCGAAACAAUUAGUGUGGCGUGGGUUUAUGGCACAGAUCGUUUCCUGGAUGAUAUUGAACUCAUGCUCAAGUGGCGCCCUCCAGUGGUGUACAAAUAUCUCUGGAAAUACGUAUGUCUGCUGGCAAUGAUUAGUCUUCUUGCUGCCAGUUUAUUGCGAAUGGUUUUUAAGGGACCCACAUACACAGCCUGGAAUCAAACAACAGCUUCUGAGAUUACUCUUGAGUACCCAGGCUGGGCCCUGACUAUGAUCGUCAUGCUCAUAGUGUUCGCCAGCCUUCCCGUGCCCAUUGGCUACAUCUAUUCCUUGCUGAAAAACCACAACGCCCUCGCCGUUCCUUCCCAGGAGAGCCCCGGCCCAGAGGUGCACCGCGAGCUGUAUACCAAGUGCAACUCCACUGAUCAGCUGGACUCCAAUUCUCAUCCGGCACCCUGUGAGGAAGACGGGGUUCAUCCUAGGACUUCCUUCCUGCCGGUGGGCAACGAGCAGUACCGCCUCCUGCCCCAGCAGGAUGAGGAAGAGGAAGAGGAGCAAGACACAGGGGUCUGAGGGUGAUAUUUGGGCAGAUGAAAUUUUGGACUGUGAUGACAAAUAGCAAGAACAGGGAGAGCACAAAGGUACAGACUAAUGUGAAAACAGUCAGUUACAGCAUUUUUUAAAUAUCUUUAUAUUUAGCAAACACUAAAUAAGCCCAGAUCAUUUUAAGUAUUUAUAUUAAAUGUGACUCCUCCGUUUGGCUUCCUACCUCCACUUUCUGAACCAUGCAUAAGCUGUCUAAAGAACAUAAUGCUACUAGUUUUGACCACCUUGAUUUCAUGUGGGAGUCAUAACUGAUCGGCCAGUGAUUAAUCAUGCAACCAAUGAUCUUUGUGGAGAUUGUUUUUAGAUAAAUAAGAUUUAUUUUGCAAGAAAAAAUUCUACUUUGAAAAACUGG